AACAUAUCAGUGUACAUACGCUCUCUGCUCUUGGUGAAGGUUCUGUUUGAUAGAUUGACAAGAUUGUAGUAGACAAAUCGUGCAAUUCAAAAUUAAUUAUAUUCCCCAGUUUUAAAAACUUCUGGUUAAAUAAAUAAAGCCUGAAAUGGAUAACUCUUUAGUGCACAUUCCUGUCAGAUCAUUUCUCAACGCAAUUUGCAAAGUCGUUAUAGCCGACUUGAUUGCCUACCUUGCUAAAUUUGGAUGGGGUUUGUACUAUGUACUAAUUGGAAUUCGGGAUAAACUUCAACAUAAGGAGUACGACGGGUCUAAUCCGGAUCCUUUACUCUCCUUCAUUCUUGGGACCUCCGUUCUAAUCGGCGUUCUGUUUCGUUACAUAUCAAACUAUUUUUUGUACAAGGACUCUGCCUUCACACUUGAAACACAGACACAGCGCGUGAGACACUUCUUCUGCACUCGAUGCUGCGCCACGUCUCGAACCUGGAUAACCAUCGCUUUUCUCAAUAUGGGCAUUAGCAUCAUCAUAGCCGCCGUGCUGGGCCAAUUUUCACUGGGACCUGGGAUUAUAUUCAUCAUUUGGGAAGUUGUCAUCAUCUUAGUGGUCGGAUUUUUGAAAAUCUUCGUGUACAGAUAUUUUAUCAGUGUAGAAAAUAGAAAUUUGGUAAGGUCAGACUCUGUCGUGUCGUCUAUUGCUUAGUUUAGUUAGAGUAUUUAUAUUUUAAUAAAUUAUACGUAAUUGUAAUUGUA